GUUACAGCAUCGCAAACAUGUGCCACCGCUUUGGGGGAUGAGAUGGGGAAGUCUGGGGCUAGCUCAAGCAUGUGAAGAAGCGCUAAAUUCCCCAUACGAACAUGAUGCCUCGGUCAGGUAGCUGUGGGGUCUGACAUCAGCGUAAUUUUUAGCGGAACUUAGACUGCGUACUGGAACUCUACAAGCGCGAGUAGCCACGCAUCCGAGGUCCAAUUACUUCUUGCUGUAAUCAUAAACUCCGGAUUCGUUCCUUCUACAUUCUCCUUCUCAACUGUAUAUUAAUUUUAUAGAAUAUCUCAACCCUUUAACUAGUCUGGAUAUCCAACAUCUUAUAUACAUCACUACCAACAACACCAUAGUUAGACCUUAAACAACAACACAAAACUAACAAUGGGUGCCCUCGAAAGAUUAUCGCAGAUCUCAGGCCAGAUCUCAGGCUCCAAGUCGGCGCGUGAGAAGCUCCUCGAGAAGAACCCAGACGACAUCGUAGUAACAGCAUGUCUCCGAACGGCGUUCACGAAAGGCGGCAAGGGCGGGUUCAAGGACACACAAGCGGCUGACCUGAUGGCGGGAGCCCUGAAGGGACUCUUGGAGCGGUCCAAGAUCGACCCGUCGCUGGUAGAGGAUGUGUGCGUGGGUGAGGUACUUGCGCCUGGUGGUGGCGCCACCGAGAUGCGCGCUGCAGCUCUUGUUGCCGGCCUCCCCGAGACCGCCGCCGUCCGAACCCUUAACCGCCAAUGCUCGUCGGGUCUACAGGCUUGCGUUGAUGUCGCGAACCAGAUCCGCGCCGGCAUGAUUGAGAUCGGUAUCGGUGCUGGUGUCGAGAGCAUGAGCUUGCAUUACGGUCCCCAAGCCGUAUCCGAGUUCUCCGAACUCCUCGAGUCCCACCCCGAGGCCGCCAACUGCAAGGUUCCCAUGGGUGUCCUCUCCGAAGACAUGGCCCGAGACCUCAAGAUCCCGCGCGCCAGCCAAGACGCCUUUGCCGCCGCCUCUUACCAGAAGGCCCUCAAGGCCCAGCAAGCAGGUCUCUUCGACGAGGAGAUCCACCCACUAACCGUAAAAUACACCGACCCCAAGAGCGGCGAGAUCAAGAACAUUACCGUCAAGAAGGACGACGGCGUGCGCCCCGGCAUCACUGCCGAAUCCCUCGGCAAGAUCCGCCCCGCGUUCGCCGAAAACGGCUCCAUCCACGCGGGCAACGCAUCGCAAAUCAGCGACGGCGCCGCAGCCGUCCUGUUGAUGCGCCGAUCAACAGCCGAGCGCAUCGGCCAGACCAUCCUCGGCAAGUUCGUCGCGGCCAGCGUCGUCGGCGUCAAGCCGCUGCUCAUGGGCAUCGGACCCUGGAAAGCCAUCCCCAAGGCCCUAUCGCUAGCCGGCGGCCUGACCGUCGACGAUAUCGACAUCUUCGAGAUCAACGAGGCUUUCGCCAGCCAGUGCCUCUGGUGCGCUAACGAGCUGAAGAUCCCCUCUGAGAAGAUCAACCCCAAGGGUGGCGCUAUUGCCUUCGGCCACCCUCUCGGCUGCACUGGUGCUCGCCAGGUGAGCACCCUGCUGUACGAGCUUCGACGCCGUGGCCAGAAGGUUGGCGUCACGAGUAUGUGCAUUGGUACGGGUAUGGGUAUGGCUGCCGUCUGGGUUGCCGAGUAAGGCUGUUAUAUCUUUCAAAUGGGUUUAAAUCCAUAUUUAAUGCCGUGGCAUACCACGGUGCACAUUGUAGGAACAUCAUCUUGGGUCUUGGGAGGGCCGUUGCAUGUAUGAAAGUCAUAUACGAAGGGUACUUGAAGGAGGCAAAACAGCAUUGUGUACAAUGUAUAUCUAGGGCGUUUUAGUAUA